UCUCAAUCAAGCGCUGGGCCACACCCCCCCUCGCCCACCCUUCAACCAUGAGCGAGCCUGCGGAAAGCGCAGUCGCACACCCAGACACGCUGCCUGUGAAUGCUGGACCUGCUGCGGGACCUGCUGCGGGACCUGACAAUGCUGGCACGGACGGAACAGUGACCCCUGACUUUAUCCGAGUUGCCAACGAGCUCGACGGCCUGCCGUUCCUCUCGCGCGUCUGCCUGUGUGUUGCGCACACGCUCAAGUACGUGCUGGACAUGCGCGAGCCCGUCCAUGAAGCGCUCAUGUACCUCUCGGCGGGCGAGCAGAACGACCGCCAAGUCACUGCCCAGGGCUCUGUCUUGGCAAACGGCGGCGUCGUCCCGGGCCACACUGCCGCCGAGUUCAAUGCCAUGAUUGAGCAGCUCGAGCCGUCCAGUGCUCCCCUCGCUCGGCGCAGGCUGUCGGACGCAUCGCUCGAUUCGACCGUCUCGGCCAACUCUGGAUCGGCUCCUGCCUCAUCGGGAGGCUCCACGUCUAAGCCCUACAAGUCCCGGCACUUUAUUCGAAACAUCUUUGGUCGUCUCCUUUUGUCGUGGAGCGCAUCGGAUCCAGCAAUGUUCAAGGACGCCGCAGCGACCUUUUCCAAUCCCAAUCAACCCGUCCCUUCGUACAAGCCUUUGACGCACAUGCCGGAAGUCGUUCAACAGCAGCUGCAUGGAAUCGUGCCUGCGCUUCCAGUGCCGUUUACCUUGGACCACGACCCGUCCACUGCAUCGCCGUCUUCGCCACCGGUUCCGGCGACGCCUAGUGCUGCUGAACCAAUCUUCCCAAGCACCUCGCACGAUGCCGAUGAAAACACGUCCCUGUUCAUCCGCGCGCGUGUGUGCUCUCCUCCGGGGGGCGAUGCCAUUGACAUUCAGGGCGGUGCCGUCUUUGAAAACUUUUUCUCGCCCGCCAGCUUGAUUGUCUUUUGCCGUGCCGUCAUCAAGGCGUGGUCCCGUGCCCCCGCCGCGCUUAUUCGCGCCACUGCGCAGCUGCAGUUCCCCAACGUAUGGCGAGGCCUGGGACAAGUGUUUGACAUGUCGCGCGUGUCUGUGGCCGAGGAUGAUGCCGCUGUUGCCACGCACCCGCCCAGCCAGCCGUGGCGCAUGCGGCUAUUUGUGCCUCUGGACCAUGUGCAGCUGGUGCGUGUCUACCCCCAGAUGGCGCAGCUGUUCAAGUGGCUGGCACAAAUCGACAUUCGCGUGCAAGACGCCGACGCCGCCGUCACCAUGGGAGAAGCUGCGCCGACGAUUGCAAGGUUUGAGUUUGACGCUACGCACCAGGCUUUUAUCGUCCGCGCUCUCUGCAGUGACGACGGUGAGUUGUUGUGGACCAAUCCGAGCGGCGAGCCCAUUCCCGCGCGAAAAGCAUCCGGCCUGGCCGCGCUGACAGCCACCGCAAGCAAGUACCGCGCGUUCGAGUUUAAUCUGGGCAACGAGUCUCGCCUUGCCAUCACCAUUGAUGUGGCUGCAUCGCUUCUUGGCGUCACCUCCGUCUCGCUCCCGCGCAUGCACUUUUUGAUUGGCUGCCAACACGACACCCUCCAGGUGCAGCUCUCCAACAUUACCUCUCCUUGGCGUAUUGUCAACUGGAUUCUCAACCUCAACCGCUUUUUCGCCCGCCUCAUUGACUCGACGUUUGUGGACGUGGUGCUGCGCCCGCGACCUGACAGCAAGCAUGCCUCCAAACCGCUGGAAGAGUCACAGCCGUCCCCGCGAGUCUUCACAGACGCUGGCCCAGGGUAUUACAUCCGAUUUGCAGGCGUCACUGAAAUGCCCACCCUCUUCAUGGUGCGGAUUUUCGCCCAAGUGUGGCACCGUGUGAUCAAGAAGAAGACGUACAUAGAGUUGUUGUACAUGGCGUCGCGUCUUUUGCUGGCGAUCGCACGAGAUGUCGAUGAGGCGCAGCGCAAGCGAGCGGUGGCUUCAUCGUCCAGUCUGCCUUCGCAUUAAGGGCUUUUGUUGUUUGACUGCUGAAGAGAACCUGUACACUGAAAAGAAAAGAAUUGUUUGC